AAUACUGAUUCAGGUGUUUUCUGUCCGAUCUGCCUCAGACGGAUCGAUCUCAGAUCAGUGAUCGCUGUCAGGACUCGUUCCAGUUGUAUCCGGUCUCUUGGUUGACGUGUAGCAUCUUUAGCUUCUGUUAGCUUGAUCAGACGGAACAUUCCCGCUUCAGAGUCUCUGUUUCACACCGGACUUCCCUCUGUCCGAACCGGAUUGUGACCUCAGCUCUGAGGCCGGUUCUCUUUAGCAGGGCAGCUAAACUAACAAGCUAACUGUUAGCCUAAGUGAGCAGCUAGCACUUAGCCCGGGCUUCCUCCGCGAUGCCUACGAUGCUGGAGAGAAACCCCGAGGCUCCGGGUAAGAGGAGAGGCAGAGCCCCGGCGGGCGGCGGCGGCACCGGCCCCGGAGCAGCAGCAAACCCCGGCGGGAAGAGCCUGUCCGGUAAUGGAACCAGUACCAACAGCUGCUGGGAAGAGGGAAGUUCAGGAUCCAGCAGCGACGAGGAGCAUGGCGGAGGAGGGAUGCGGGUUGGACCGCAGUACCAGGCCGUGGUUCCAGAGUUUGAUCCGGACUUGGCCCAGGCGGCUCAGCUGAGAGAAAACCCAGGGAUGUUGGUCUGGAUCCCGAGCAGUUGUCUGAACCAGACUCAGUUGGACGAAUACAUCGCCAUCGCCAAAGAGAAACAUGGCUACAACAUGGAGCAGGCUCUGGGGAUGCUCUUCUGGCACAAACACAACAUUGAGAAAUCUCUGGCUGAUCUUCCGAACUUCACCCCGUUUCCUGAUGAGUGGACGGUGGAGGAUCGAGUCCUGUUUGAACAGGCCUUCAGCUUCCACGGCAAGAGCUUCCACCGCAUCCAGCAAAUGUUACCUGAUAAAUCCAUGGCCAGUCUGGUUCGGUUUUAUUACUCCUGGAAGAAAAGUCGCAGUAAAACCAGUCUGAUGGACCGACACACCCGGAAAAACAAGAGAGGGAGAGACGAAAGUGACGAUGAGGUUGAAGACGGAAACAAAAAUCUUCUGAGUGACUCUGAGAUUGAGAAAAAUAGAGACGACAAGAAGGAGGUGAACUCUGGAUCAGAGAGGUCAGAGGUCAAACCAGCUGCUGGACUGAAGUCAGGUUACAGUGACCUGUCUGUCUCUCAGUCAGGGAAGGCGUCCCAGAGGAUGAAGAAGCGUCCUCCUAAAGGAAUGUUCCUGAAUCAACAGGACGUUGUGUCUCUGUCGUCUUCGUCUCCUCAGGGUCUCAUCAGACACCUGGACUCUCAGCUGGUGUCCAUCAAGAGACAGAUCCAGACCAUUAAACAGAUGAACGGAACUCUGAAGGAGAAACUCAGCUCAGGAGUUGACGACUUUAGGCAACCUGAGGUGAAUCAGAAGUUUAACACUCGUUGGACGACCGAGGAGCAGCUGCUCGCUGUUCAAGCCAUCAGGAAGUAUGGACGGGACUUCCAAGCGAUCUCAGAUGUGAUUGGUAACAAGUCGGUGGUUCAGGUGAAGAACUUCCUGGUGAACUACAGACGGAGGUUCAACCUGGAUGAGGUUCUUCAGGAGUGGGAGGCCGAACACGGGCUGGAGGGGGGAGAUGGGGGAGACGGGGGGGGAGAGGAGGAAAAGAUGGAGGUGUCUCCUGCUGAGGAAGAAGAGUUUAAGGAGGACACAAAGGAGGAGUCGUCGCCUCCGGUCGACUCCCAGAAGCCUCUAGCCUCCUGAGCCGCUCUGACCCCGCCCCUCUGACUUUAUGAUGUCAUCCUUUUAUUUUGUUAUUUUCUCAGUGUUGAACUUUUAUCAAUCAGUCGAUUGAUCAGGUUUGAGAGUUGUGUCAUGAACUGUCGACUUUCAUCAUUCUUUCUCUGGACCAAUCAGAAGUCAGACCUGACCUGUCAACCAAAGUGGGUGGUGCCUGGUGUGUGUGUGUGUGUGUGUGUGUGUGUGUGUGUGUGUGUGUGUGUGUGUGUGUGUGUGUGUGUGUGUGUGUGUGUGUGUGUGUGUGUGUGUGUGUGUGUGUGUGUGUGUGUGUGUGUGUGUGUGUGUGUGGAACAGAAGCAGCCAUGUUGGAUGAUGUCACUCAGGUAUCGUCAUCCUGUUUUAUUAAUUUUUUGACAUUUUAGAGGAGAACAAUAAAACCAAAGUUCCAUCAAUAAA